AUGCUCUCGAUCCUGUCAGUCCUCAACCUCACAUCAUCCGACGCCUCGAGCCCGCUGCAAUCCGCCGUAAUCACCAUGAAACCACUGCCCUUCCCGCUUGCCCUGAAUAUCGGCACGGAUAUCGUUCAUCUCCCCCGGAUCACGCGCCUUAUCCACCGCCGCGACUACCUGACACGCUUCACGCGGCGCAUCCUCAACGAUCACGAACAGCAUGACUUCCGCACUCGCUUUGCCCUGCUUGGGGCCACGAACCCGCCGAACGAACGUCCCCUCCCGAGUGCUACGGAGAUGGCCCGCUGGCUGGCCGGUCGCUUCGCCGCCAAGGAAGCCGCACGCAAGGCCGCGCCGAACGGAGCGGCGAGCCUGGGGUGGAAGGAUGUGAUGGUGCGAGUCAGCGAGACAGACAGAGGCAGACCGGAAGUGGUCUAUAUGGACGGAGAGACGGCCCGCAUUGGGAAGCUGUCCAUCUCGCACGACGGGGACUACGUUGUUGCUACGGUUUUGGCGGCCGGAUGA